AUGACAAAUGAUCCGGUUAUACUUGAGGAAGGAUUCUCAUCCAAGAUUGAUUUUCUCGAAUCAUUUCGUGAUUUGAGUUUCUGGAAACCUCGAGUCACGAAAGCCCUUGAAAGAUGUGGCAUUGAUCAGAACGUAGAAAUCGAAGUUGUUACACGUGGACAAAAUCCGAUACCGUCAUAUCUACCGAAUUCACUUCUAGAGAUCUACAACCUGGAACUUGAUGGAACCGCUGGACUUUUGCACGGAGAUUUUAAUGCCGAAAACAUUCUCGGAUUAUUUAUGCCUGAUGGUCCUGAUGACUACGACUUAGACGAACCUAUGUCUGGGCAUUGGAGAGCGAUAUCGAUAAUCGAUUUCGGGGAUGCGCACAUAUAUGGUGGUCGUUUCUUGGAAAAGUACAAUCAAAAUGGAGGGUUAAAUAUAUCCACGAGAAUUUUUGCGAGAAGGGCAAUGUGGUAUACCUUGUUGCUGGGGUUUGAAGGUGCCACGAAAUAUAUGAUGAGGUGCCUGCCAGGAAUUAGGGAACUGAGAAGUUGGUAUGAAGUAGAGACCUAUGUCUGGAGUCUUGACAACGUUACCUGGGAACACAAGGGUGAUUCACUUG